AUGCAGCUCACCCAGACUCUCGUUGCCACCCUCAUGGCCGCCUCGACGGCCUUUGCCGCGCCGACAGGCCAAGGCGAGGUCAUGGCCAGGGCCGCCAACGGCGCGCAGUGGACCAUCCGCGACCUCAGGCGCGUCUGCGCCCAGGACGACUCGUCCUGCACGUGGACCUUUGGCAUAGACGCCCGGGACGGCACCGCCACGACGGGUUGCAAGUACGUCGUCGCGGCCGCCCACGCCUCGCGCGCCAACGGAGGUCCCGCCACAUGCGGCGACUACACCAUCACCUCCGGCUGGAGUGGCCAGUUUGGCGAGGGCAACGGCUUCACGACCUUUUCCGUCAUCAACAAGAAGAAGCAGAUUGCCUGGCCAGCGUACACGGACAAGAGCGUCCAGACCGGCGGCGUCGUCAAGCCGGACCUGAGCUUCGACGUCAAGGUUCUUGGCUAG